AUGAGUCUGCAACCAUUAAAUCAAGUCAACUGUGAAGGCCUUCUGCAACCUGGUUGUUCCCUGCUGCAGCUGGAUGGUGAAGUUCUCCUGUUUGGCCAGAAAGGCUGGCCCAAGCGUUCUUGUCCAACGGGAGUCUUUGGCGUCCGCUUUAAACAAGGAGAACUCAGGUUGAGAGCCAUCUCUUUCUCCAAUGACUCAAAUUAUCUUCCUCCUUUGCGUUGCCCGGCUGUUUGCCGCCUUGAUCCUCAUGACGGGCUUCCAGAGAGUUAUCUCAUCCACGGUGGCCGAACACCUAAUAAUGAAAUCUCAUCGAGUCUUUAUGUUCUUAGCAUGGAUAGUCGUGGUUGCAAUCGCAAACUCACCCUACGUUGUAAGGAAAAAGACCUAGUAGGAGAAGUACCUGAUGCUAGAUAUGGCCACACAAUCAGUGUAGUUCAAAGCCGAGGGAAGACGGCCUUUGUUGUAUUCGGGGGAAGAUCUAACAUUCCUACAGAGGAGCGGACCUCGGAGAACUGGAAUAGCGUCAUUGAUUGUCCUCCUCAGGUGUUCUUGUUCGACUUGGAGUUUGGUUGUUGUUCUGCUUACACUUUUCCAGAGCUCAGUGAUGGACAGUCGUUCCAUGCGGCCCUCGCUAGGGAGGACCGUGUCUAUUUUCUUGGCGGUCAUUCUUUGAAAUCUGACAGCCGCCCUCCUCGGCUCUUUUGUUUGCAUGUCGAACUCCUUCAAGGUAGUCCAUUAUUGUCCUGUGACACCCUCGACUUGGGUUUAUCUAUCUCAAGUGCUAUAAUUUCCCGCACAGGUCCUUCUCAUGAAUAUAUUAUAUUGGGGGGGUAUCAGUCAAACUCUGAGAAAAGAAUGCAAUGCAGUAGUGUUACUCUUAAUGACAAAGGGAUCAACAUUGAACCUAUGGAAGCACCAAAAUGGACCCCAGAUAUUGUUCACAGUCGAACUUGGUAUGGUGGCGCCGCAGGGGAACUCGGCAUGCUGCUCGCUGUACCAGUUGAGGGGAGAUCAUGCCAAACCGACAUGCAUUACUUCUACCUGGUGAACUUUCAGAAAAAAGUCGAAGGUGAAGAUGAUCAGACCCAGCAGAACUGCAGUCAGGAUCUGACCGACAACUCCACUCCUCUUGAAGAUUCAGAAGAACUCUACUUUGGCCGUGAGCCUCAUGAGUUGGAGUAUAGUAGUGAUGGAGAAGAUGAUAAAUACAACGAGAAAGAUGAAGAGGAUGAGUCGCAGUCGGGCUACUGGAUUAAAUGCUGUCGUGGUUGUCAAGUGGACGCUAAUACGUGGGAGCCGUAUUAUUCCACCGAGCUCCACCGGCCGGCCAUGAUCUUCUGCUCGAAGGGAGAGGCGGGGCAUUGGGUCCACGCCCAGUGCAUGGAGCUGUCUGAGACACUGCUGCUUAAGCUCUCUCAGAGUAGUAAAAAAUACUUCUGCCUUGAACAUGGUGGUCUUCCUCAGCAGGAGAUGACCCCACCUCCGAAGGUCAUGCCCUUGCAGCGCACCCCACUUAAAGUUAAAGUUAAACACAGGAAAUCUCAUACAGGAACCAAAACUUCACAUCUCAAAAAAAGUGUUUUUAGAAGACUUUUUGACUAA